UGGUGUUGCUACAGCACCCGUCUUUUUUGUCGAUGUCGAGUGCGACUGAAAACUGGAAAGUCCCUGACAGUCAAGUGAGGGUUUCCGGGUGAAACUACUAUUUGUUUGAAUGAGGGUUGUCGGGCCUUUCUUCGCCUGGCUUCACUUCAUGGAUUUGAAGAGCCUGAUUCGCGUGUAUUUCUAGCCGAAAAGCGAGUGUUCCAGCUAGCUAGCCGGAGCGAGCUAGCUCUUUGUGUGGCUAGCGGCUAGCUCGAGGGAUGCUGUGCUGUUGAGUCGAAGGCACACCUCCCGUCGUCGGGGAGAGGAGGACAGACGUCAUCCGUUUGUGUUGGAAAGCCGCCGCUGCUCAUAAAAACAUCAGUGAAAGAAGUGGCCUGUGAAAUUUUCGUUGUGUUACGUAAGAGAAACGACGCCGAGGGAAACAUAAGGAAGGAGUUCGGCCGAACAUGGGAAACUGCCUCAAGUCGCCAACUUCGGACGACAUGUCGUUGCUCCACGAAUCUCAGUCGGACCGGGCCAGCUACGGAGACGGCGCCGACCCCGACCUGGAGCCGCCGCCCCCUUACCAGGAGCAGAUCCACAUUCCAGUCUACCACCCAACACCCAGCCAGGCCCGACUAGCCACCCAGUUGACGGAAGAAGAGCAAGUGCGCAUCGCCCAGCGUAUCGGGCUGAUCCAACACCUUCCGAGGGGUGUUUUCGACCCUGGGCGGGACGGAUCUGAGAAGAAGAUCCGAGAGUGCGUCAUCUGCAUGAUGGACUUUGUGUAUGGGGACCCCAUCAGGUUCUUGCCCUGCAUGCACAUCUAUCACAUGGACUGUAUUGACGACUGGCUGAUGAGGUCCUUCACCUGUCCGUCCUGCAUGGAGCCGGUGGACGCCGCGUUGCUCUCCUCCUACGAGACCAACUGACACACACCUGCACGUGCCCGCACACACACACACACACACACACACACACACACACACUUGUGGACCUACGCUUGACACAAACACGCAUAGAGUGCACACUCGUGGACAAAUCCAGGAUUAGUAAAGAUGGAAGCAAGCGUUCACGAGUGGGCCUGCUGGUCAGGAUUGUGUCUGGGAGAGUGAAAGACACUGCGGACCAGGAAGCAGCGGACAGCUGAAAAAAGAACAAAAGGUUACCGAGACAGUCUUACUGUCAUAUACCUUAAACUAUUCACAAAACGUUUGGGAUAUUGGGUUUACAGGUGAAAUUUCAGGAUGAACCUAAAAUGCAGAGCCAUAGAAAGGCACAGAAGUGGACAGCCGUGGAGGUUUUCAUGGAUCAAAUACCUGUUGUGAAUUUUGCUGUUCAACCCCAUGAUGGAGAAAAGUGAGUUGUGCGAAACGUAGUGAAACAUUUGGACGUGUGCAUUGAGAAGUUUACAGAAAGGCAAAUAAGGUUAACCUGUCAAGGUUAUAGUAAAUGUUAGGUUCAUCCUGAAAUGUCAAAGCUCAAUAUCCCUAACUCUUUGGGAGCAGUUGAUCUUUGACGUGGACUGAGACAGCACACGAGAUGGCCUAUCUGCCCACUGUGCUGUUUCUCUUCAGACUAACUCGGAUCCUUGCCAAGAUGAGGUCGAAGAAACAACAGUCUUCAAGAGCCUCUAAAAUGGACCCCAGCUGCGAGCUGCCAGCCGCACAGAUUUGUGAUGAGAUUACCACAGAGGGUCUCGGUCUUGAUCUCCGGUGAGAAAUGUCAACUUGAUCGUGUUUUUGUUAAGGCCUUUGUUUGAUUCCCCCACGUGGCAAAAGGAAAUGUGAAGUGUCAAUCAAGCAGAGGCCAUUUCCAUAACAAACCCCCCCCCCCCCCCCGCGUUCACGCUGCCUUCCUGGCAGAUUGCCGCCUCGGAGGCAUAACGGUAGAGCCGCUGAAUAUCCACCUGUCUGUUUCAAACAGAACUCGUCAAAGCGGGACGUUGCUGUCUUCAUCAAGUCUGCAGUCACACAGCUGUUACUAGUUUACGCAUUCAAAUGAUUAGAUGUUAGCAACAGUGUUUUCAACACAACGGGUCUGUGAACAGAAUGUUAAACUUGACACUCCGGCCGUGCCUCUGAUCCUACUUCAGAAGUCGGCAAAUUGGCAGGUUGAAUUCAACCCUCCCGCUUGGGCACCUUACACUACGGGUUCUCAAACUAUCGAGUUCCAAGGACCUCAUUCGAACCCUAACGCCAAUUAACAUAACUACCAUGUGUAACCCCAAUUGUCAUUGGAAUGAUGAGGUUGCUAAUAUUCCAGGGGAAAAAAAGUUGCAAUGCUAAGAUGACAAAUUCAUGGGGGUUUUUUUAAGAGACAAAAGUUGCAAUGUUUUGAGAAUAGUAAUAUUUUUAAAGAUUAAAAAAAAAAAAAAAGUUUAAAUCUUUACAAGAACCAAGAUGUAUUUUGUUGGGAUAGGUAUUUUACCAGGAUUAGGUCAUAAGAAAGGAGGAAAGGAAGACUGGUUUUAACAAGGCAAUUUCAAAAAUAUAUAACUUAAUUCUCUGAAUGUUACACCUUUUACUUUGGAAAAGAUGCCAUUAUUCUUUUAAAAAAUGCAUUCUUUCAAAAGAGCGGGGAAAACGUCUUAUAUUCUUGUCAUAAUAUGUCUUUUGUUCUAUAAAAAAAAAAAGAGAUUUCAUGCAAGGAUGUGAUGAUGAGUCACAAUCACAUCAGAACUUUUAAUUGGCCCCAAGUUAAGGUAGAUAGGAGUAAUUGGUUUAUUAAGUUUGUUUUAUCCAUGUGCCAAUCCCUUUAUGUGGAUCUGUACUUUUUAAAAAUGAUACAAAAUAAUAAUGUAGUGUAAAUGAUUUAGCGGACCCCAAUGGCUCAUGGACCCCACCUUACAGGACAGCGAAUCAUGAAAAGAUGGCUUAGACAGUGUGUGAGGGGCUCCAGUUAACCCUUUCAUGCCGCCUGUCAAUGCUUUUUCCCCACGUUGCUGUUCUGUGUGGCGAAAGCCAUCAACGCGGAAUGGGAGGGACAAAGGCUAUGUGGAAAAUUCCCGGGGGAGCGCCUGACGCUCCCUUCUCCUGCCGUGUUGUGUUGAAAACAAUUGUCACAUCAGACGCUGCUGCUGACUUUAUUGCACAUAUUUUGAUCUGAUGGUGGGAUUGCGCAUGGAAACAAUAUCACGCUUUGAGCAUUUUGAUUUCCUUGAUUUGAUUUCCAGCUAAAGGUCCAUACGUACUAUUAUACUCUUUGUCCUCACUCGUAAGACAUUUCAGCAUACUGGUACUGCUUACUAGUAACCUUUUUUCCAAUACUGUAUGGCCUUUCGCCACACUAGUAGGACAACAUGCAGCAAAACUGCACAAGUUGACAUCUACGCACUACUAGUACUACUAGUGAAGCACCACUAAGAUAACAUUUGUUUCCACUACUGCCUUCCACUACUGUAUCACAUUUCUACAACGUUAGCAUAUUACUAGAACAACUACUACAAGUUAAUAGUGAGGCAAAACUACAAUUGAGCAUUUUGGUGCUACCAUUAGGGUGCAGGCAGCUACUAGUGUGUGCCACAUGCCUACUAGAGGGGCAUAGUAGUGUUACUAGCGCAGCACGGUAUUUUACUAGAAAUGUUUGAAGGUCAAAGAGCGUACUAGCACAUGGAUAUCAAGGAUACCAAAUAAAUGUUCAAAUGGCUUUCCAUAGGGUUCAGUGUGAAAGGCGUAGGCGGAUAGAUGCAUGCCGAAUCUACUCGCUAAUUUUACGGAAUCGCUGUGUAGAAGAGGCUUCCAAAAGCACAAAUGUUUCACUGCUCCUUUGCUAACAUUUCUGGACAAAACAUCCCAAUCCUGAUCACGUACGGAGCCGUGGUGCCGUAAAGUCCUCACCUCAAGUCUUUGCGCAGACUUUGUAGUACAUUCUUCUCCAUCGCUUCGGUGUGGAGCGUCAUGCCCUUAGGUUGUUCAAAUGUGUCGAGGGGAAAGAGACAAGAAAGGGUGGCAGAGUGCACGGUGGGUCAAUUGGUCAAAAACACAACAAACACUUUGGGAAUGUAGUGCAGCAUUUGGGUUGGAUUUCGGUAACUAUUUGGUAUGUACGAGGUUCAGGUCUCAGUCUGGAUCUCGCCAAGCGGUGUUGGGAAUAACCAGGAAAGGGACGUGCAAAUAUAAGUACAGUACUGUGCACAUUAGCUUUUCUCGUUUUAAUGGCCUUUUUCACAGGAGUCAGUUGGACAUCAGCAAAUAGUAGGACAGAUCCUGAUUAGCUGUAUUACGCUAAAAAGACAAAACUGAUUUCCAUAAAUAUUUGUUAAAGGUCUGGUGCAUGCCUGCUAACCACUACCUCACCAUGCUGCCCAAACCCAUUCCAGGAAGUUUUCACCUCGUGAGUCAACCUAGUUUCCUUUGGUUUGGGGAAAUCAAAUUUCCACUUCUGAGUAGUACAGCAGGAAACUACAAAAACCACACCGUAUUGAAAGCACCAGUUGUAACUGGUACAAAGCUAAGGGACAUCAACUGUUUUUUUUAUUUAUUAUUAUUUUUUUUUUAUUAUGUUGGACAUUUUUAACCGCAUAUCAGCCAACAAGCGACAACUAAGUUUACCCGUAUGUUCUAACCCCAUAUGCUUGAGGUUUGGCAUUCACAAAUUUGUUUAUUCACUUUUUUUUUUUUUUUAACCCAUCCUGUUAUUUGCUAAAAGAAAACAUCACCUAUUUUCCCUUUUUAUGCUCAGGCCAAAGCAUUAAAACGGAAAUCGUGUUUUGCUUCUAAAUACAUUAAAUAUGUUUGAAGAGUUGAAAAUGUGCAAAGACUGAGCACAAUAUGGUGCUGAAUUGUUGAGAUAAGGUUUAAAACUCACCUUCUAAAUCUUGCUGGUUUUGUGGGUGAGGCUAAAAAGUACCCUCGUGGCUCGCCCACUAUACAAACACCAAACGCUCUUAUUCCAUGCAGUGACCAUUCGGUGGAAUUUCCCGUCCUUGUUCAUAAAUAACUUCACACAUUUCUGCCAGUAUAGCAUGCAAUUGGCCAUGAAACUAUGCCCACAACUCGAAAAAAAUACAUCUUCCCUGAAUCAUAUGUUUUGUGUUAUCUGGACUAUGUGUCUUGCCAUCUGCCACCACGAGUUGGGUUACGAGGCAGCGCCAGGACGAGGUCUGAACCGGAUGAGAUCCGCCACCCGCAGCCCAUCGCCAGCCCGAAUGCAAUUGGAAUGGAAAAAUGUAUCCACGGGGAGCGGUCGGUACGCGUCGCGCGCUGUGGCCGCCUAAAGUGUGCACCCUUUAGGCGGCCACAGAAGCGCGUUGUCCUGCUGAAUUUCAGUGGAGGGAAGAUUGUCCUGGCCGUGCGGCUUAUGGUCAUUAUGCCGGCGGAGAGGCUGCUGCUCUGCAACCCGUGAAACGUGUGCUAUCUCCGUCACUGGAAAUUCUACUUACGAGCUGUGAGAGAAGGAUCUAUCCUCCUGUAUUUGAUUGACAGCCGAAAGGUCCGGGGAAGCGAUUGCCCACAGCGUCUGGAACCUGGAAGAAUGUCGCAAUUCUUGACGAUUUUCAAGCCUGAUUUCACAUAAUUUAGAUGUGCUUUGCUACCAUCUUGCGGCAUCGAUAGGCAUUUACAAACCUUUAUUGAGUUGCGUCAGUUUUUGCUAUUUGCGGCAGGGCUCAGUCCCUACGCCCCGGUUACUUUUGUCAAUGGAAAUAGCAAGCAAAGUAGAUUUUCUGGUUAUACUGUAUGCGGUCAUGAAAGGCUUGCUAAAACAGCAAACAGCUUUUUGCACAGUAUUGUAUGAAUACGGCAUGUUACAGUUACACUCAAACUGCAAUCCCUAGUCGAUAACUCUCGAACAAUUUGAAGACUCAGCUCAACUGCUCUUAUUUAUUUCCACAAAGUGACUCAUGGGUGCGCACUGUGCCGGAAGUCCACUGACAAUGAAACAGCUGCACAUGACGUUGCCACACUUGGGGGCCCAAUCAUUCUCCAUUUAUUUAUUUAAAAAGGCCGAGCUCACAAGCACAACGUGUUCAUUGUGGGUGAAUUUAUUUUUAUUUAUUUUUUUAACAACCAAACUGCCCAUCUCUGUUUGCUCAUGUGACUGGGUUCUGUGUGUUUUAUGUUUGUGUAAGGAUCUUUGUUAGAUAUUUCCUUGUUUGUGAGCAUACAGUAUAUACAAAUAUGCAGAGUGCUACAGACUACUAAUAAAUAGACACUGCAACUGAA